GGUGUAUUUGUGAUUGGAUGUUCAAGCAGAGUAGAUCUCAUAGACAGUGCGUUGUUACGUCCAGGAAGGUUCGAUCAUGUUUUGGAAUGCCGUGUGCCAAAUGAGAAGGAUCGGGCUGAUAUCCUCAAGGUGCACCUGCGAUCUGUGAACCAUGAUCCAACUGUGCUCUGUGAUGAAUGGGCUGCACGCACUGAUGGAUGGACUGGAGCAGACCUGAAAGCGUUAAUUACGAACGCUCAGUUCGACGCCAUGAGAAAUACCUCCGUUGAUCAGCAGCAAGGAGAUGUAGCUAUAAGGAAUGUCAACAUCGAGAGAGCUUUCAACGACUUUUCGCCUGUACGACGGGUGGACCAAAACAGAUCUGGUGUCGGGAAGAAAGCUUCGCUACGAUCAGCAGCGUGGAGAUGUAGCUAUAAGGAAUGUCAACAUCGAGAGAGCUUUCAACGACUUUUCGCCUGUACGACGGGUGGACCAAAGUAG